UAGACAACCCAAUUUGCAAUCAGACUUACAGAGGUGGUCUGAGCAUGAACAGUACCCGUCCCCACGGGGGAACAAUUACUACUAGGGGUGCCCAGAACAAGUCCCAUCCUUCAUUAUGCAUUUUGUUCCAACUGAUUGGCAAGUCUUACCACAAGUACUACUGCAAAUUGAUGGUAUUAAAGUUAAGUUAUUGCUUGACACCGGAGCAACGACUUCAAGUGUAAACAAAAUAGACUUCAUUAAUGAUAAAUGCACCGAAGGAAGUUCUAUGGGUAUAAAUGGGACGACAGUGAUACAUAAGGUGACAGCACCGCUCCCGGUUUGUACUCUUACGGGGGAACUAGUGACGCACAUGUCUUUUGCAGUCCUACUAGAGUGCCCCAUUUGCCUAUUAGGAAGGGAUUUAAUGGCAGCAUUACAGAUUUCAUUGGUCUUUGACAAAAAGGGCAGACUGACAGCAACCUCAAUGAAAUGUGACCUGACAAACCCAAAGAGACGUGACAUGAAUGGGUUCUUUUUAAGCAUACCAAUGUCCCUGGAAAAUCAUCCAAUUUGGGCAAAAUGUAAAGACUCGGCAGGGAGGAUUAACUGUGAGCCCUACCGGCCCUGUUUGAAGGAGGGGGUCAUGCCAACCUUUCAAAAACAAUACCCAUUGAGUGAGGAAAAGUUAGAGGGUAUAAAGCCACAAAUUGAGAAAUACUUGCAGAUGGGAAUUCUUAGGAAAAUUGUCAGUCCCUGGAAUUCCCCGAUAAAUCCCGUAAAAAAGGCUAAUGGCACAUGGCGGCUGGUACAGGAUCUAAGGAAGGUAAACAAGGCAAUUAUCCCACUUCCCCCCUUGGUGGCAGAUCUUACAGCUGUGUUCGGGGCCAUUCCUGCGGGAUCCAGAUAUUACACUGUAGUUGACCUCAGUAAUGCGUUCUUUUCCAUACCAGUGGCUUGGGAUGCACAAAAUCUUUUUGCUUUUCAGUGGGCUGAUAAUGGUCAGGUGACGUGGACCCGUCUCCCUCAAGGUUUUGGGGAUAGCCCAGCAGCCUUUUCUAUUGUAUUAAAGGCUACAUUGGAAGAUUGGGAACCAAAGAGGGGAUCCACCUUAAUACAGUACACAGACGACCUUUUACUCUCCAAUUCGGAGUUAGAAGCCUGCGAAAAAGAUUCAGGGAGUUUAUUAGACCACUUGGCAAGCAAAGGACACCUGGCCUCGAAGAAGAAAAUCCAAUAUGCAAGUACCCAGGUAGAGUAUCUGGGGUGCAUAAUAGAGGCAGGAGAGAGAAAGAUCUCACCCGCUAGAGUCAAGGCAGUGACCUCCCUAAGCAGGCCAAGGGACAAAGCUACAAUGCUGUCCUUUUUAGGGUCAAUAGUGUAUUGUAGGCAGUGGAUUCCCGAUUGCUCCCAUUGGGAUUCGAUCCUAAGAAAAACUACACUCACAGAAGCACCAAAGAUAGUGGAGUGGACAGAGGACAGAGUAGAAGCCUUUGAGAGAUUGAUUCGGUCCCUGACCCAAGCCCCAGCCUUGGCCCUGGCAGAUUAUGGAAAGCCAUUCCAAUUAUAUUGCGUGGUAUCUGGAGAAACCUAUGCAGCGGUUUUGACACAGACACAUGGGGGGAGAAACAGGCCAGUUUCAUACUUAUCGAAAAAAUUACCUCCUGUAGUUCUUGGAAUGCCUCACUGUCUCCAAGCAUUAGCAGCCGCGGCUAUGUCAGUAAAGGAUGCUACUAAGAUGGUCCAUGGAAAUACAAUGGAACUUUUCACCACUCAUACAGUCUUGUCCCUCCUUCAAAACAUGACCACACAACACAUGACAGCUCAGAGACUGUCCGGAUAUGAGACCAUAUUACUCAGUACGGCAAACCUGUUGAUAAAGACAUGUCCAGACACCUCACCAGUGAUAAGAUUGUUGCAUACACUUUUGAGACUUAAGCGUGAAGGUUCUGACGAACAAGUAGACCCAAUACCUGAACACAGAUGUGAUGAAAUAAUCUUGUCAUGCACAACACCUAGGGAGGAUUUAAAGGACACACCACAGACUGGCAGUAUAGAUGUUUUUGUGGAUGGAUCAUGCACAAGACCAGAUGACAGGACAUACCAAACAGGUUACGCAGUAGUCAUGCUCCCAAAUCAAGUGAUAGAAGCUGAACCAAUUGUCACAACUUCAGCACAACAAGCUGAGUUGGUAGCGCUCACAAGAGCCUGUGAAAUAUUCGCAGGACACAAGGUGAAUAUUUAUACUGAUAGUAGCUAUGCAUUUGGAACAGUGCAUGAUUAUGCAUUAAUAUGGAAAAAUAGGGGGUAUAUCUCAGCAGACGGGAAGAAGGUAGCAAAUCAGAAAUACAUAGAUCACUUGCUACAUGCAAUUCAAUUACCGGAAGCCAUAAGUGUGAUAAAAGUGAAAGGACACUCUGCAAAGGGAGAUUAUCAAGCUAUGGGAAACAACCUAGCAGACAGAGCAGCAAAAAUGGCAGCCAAGAGAGACACGAGAAGGGAAAGUAAGUUAUUAUUCAUGACAGACUUUGAAAGUGAAAACUGGGAGUCAGUAGUAUAUCAACUUCAGAAACAGUCUACCAGUGAGGACAUCAAGUACUGGAGAUCUCAGGGACUGCAGACGACAGGUACAGAUAUGUGGAUGAGGAUACUGACAGUAACAUUUUUGCCUUGCAGGAACAGUACGUGAAACACUUGGUAAGUAUACUUUCAGAAAACUAUGAUAAGGUUGCUGUCACCUUUCCUCCUCUUUCCACAGAUCCAACUCAUCCAUUCUUGCCCGGAGACAAAGUUCUGGUGAAACAACUAGCUGCCCGCCACAAGACUGGUCCAAUUUACCAAGGUCCAUUUGAGGUUCUAAGAGUGGCUCGAACGGCUGUCCUUACUGACCAGAGUCCACAGUGGAUACACGCCAGCCGGCUCAAGAAGACGCCAGAAGGAGUCCUCAGGAAUUCCCCGGACAAACAUGAGUCCUUCGGACAAGAUGCCUACAAAGGAAAUGUCUUUGAUCAUACCCCCAAGCCUGCAAAGUAGAUAUGAGCGAUGGCUAAGAGGCUAUCCAAAACCACUUAGUCCAAAGGAUCCAAAGACUAUGCAGGACUUGUAUGAGGAAGAAUUUAUGUUCAGGGAGUAUACCAAUGAACUAGAAACUGAGGACUUGAAAGAUCAAAACUUUCCUGAACCGUUUAGUAAGCAGAAGAUUCAGAGAAUGAAAAUGGCC